AUGGCAGUCCAGCUAGGAAAUGGUCACACAGCAUCAGUCCUAUGUCUCGAUGUUCAGAGGCAAACAGAGCAGCUGGCAUCAGGUGGUGAGAAUGGGGAAUUGUGUGUCUGGGCAUUAGAGUCUAAAAGUUUACUGAAAAAAUAUGUGAAAGCGGAUUGUGAAUGUACUUCAGUUUGUUUUUCUAAAACAAAUCUCGAUAUACUUUAUGCUGCAUUCGAGAGGGAAGUUUUUGUGUUUGACAUUAAUGAUUUCGAAGAACCGAUUUUAACGUAUUCAUUCAAUUCUGAAGAGAUUAACCAAAUCGCUCUGAGCAACCAAGAAGAAUAUUUAGCCGCUUGUGACGACUCGGGCGAUGUCAAAAUUAUAAAUUUACCAGAGAAAAAAAUGUACAAGACUCUAAGAAACAUUCAUUCAAAUAUUUGCGCGACCAUUUCCUUUCGUCCAAAUCGACCCCAAGAUUUAGUGAGUGGGGGAAUGGAUGGGAAACUUGUUCAUUGGUUGUAUCCCAAUCACAAGUGCCUUAACGAAUUCAACAUGCGUGAACUUCUUGAUACUCCUGAGGAUGCGUCUGCCUACAUGGUCAAUCCACCCUUCAUCCACCACGUUGCUUGUUCUCCUACGGGUACCUACAUCGCUUGUGCUCUUCAAAAUGGACAGAUCUUGGUUUUUAAUGGCUCUCGUAAGAACUUGUCUCAAUUGUUUACGCUACAUGCACACACUCAAGGUGUUUCUCAAGUUGUUUUUUGCGACGAAACUCAUUUAAUAUCUGGGGGAAACGACUGUCAACUCAUCUUAGAACAAUCUAUAUCACAUCCUAUGAAGAUUAACUGGUUACAGUAUUAUUGUAAGGAUGGUGUGAGAUAUUUAUUAGUGGCUGAUCAAACUAUGUGCAUAUCAGUUAUUCCCCUUUUAUAA